CGUGACGUCAGGCUUGCGCAUGUUUAAUGUAGAAAUUUAGCUUUUUAUUUUGUUAUGGUAUCUACAUACAUCUUAAUUUCAAUGGGCAAGCUGAUAUAAUUAUGUGCAUAAAAAGCUCCAUGAAGCUUCGUGAAUUGGUGAUUAUAAAACUAUGGUGAAACCUAAACGCCGAAAGAUGAAAUGAAGGAAGAAAGUGGACAAAAAAUUCCUUUAAAAACUAUUUUGAAAAAUUUUCUAAAUCAUGUUGAAAAUAUUGAAGCGAAGAGGAUUGAGGGGGAAGAUCUGUAUGAACGGGAAUUCCAGAGAUUAAAAGGGUUCAGCGACGAACUAAAAACUAAAGAGGAGUUCUCGUGUUCCGAGGGAGACAAGGAUGUUAAUAAGAAGAAAAAUAGAUAUAAGGAUAUUCUUCCGUUUGACGGAAGCCGAGUUAUUCUCUCCGAUUAUCCCGGAGUACCGGGCAGUGAUUAUAUCAAUGCAAACUUUAUUAAAGGUGCCAGUGGCAGUAAUGCUUAUAUUGCCUGCCAGGGUCCCCUCCCCCACACCGUCAACGACUUCUGGCGGAUGGUGGUGGAGUGCGAGGUUCAGGUCAUUGUCAUGGCCUGCAACGAACAGGAGGCAGGAAAGCAUAAAUGUGAAUGCUACUGGUCGGAUUCUACUGGUGAUGAAAAGAAACAGUUUGGAAAGUUCUUUAUUUCCCUGCUCAAAUCAAGGAAUAUUUGCCCCGAUUUUCUAGUUCGAACCAUCAAACUGGAGUGGACCAAUGACCAGGGAAAAGAGGAGGUUAGAACAGUUUGCCAGUUUCACUAUUCAGCCUGGCCAGAUCAUGGAAUACCAACUCAGGUUAAGCCCUUACUAGAGAUGGUUCGACUUAUCCGGGACUGCCAGGCGUCUGAGACUCUACCUCUUCUUAUCCACUGCUCAGCAGGAUGUGGCAGAACCGGAACCAUCUGCGCCAUCGACUAUGUGUUUGGAUUGCUUAGAAGUGGAAAAAUAACUUCAGACUUUUCCCUUUAUAACCUAGUGCGAGAAAUGCGACGACAAAGAAUAGCUAUGGUUCAGACUGUUGACCAGUACAUGCUUUGUCACAGGGCUGUACGUGAACUGUUCCUUGAGCAACUGCGAGUGAUUGACUCCCAUCCUUACGAGAAUAUCGGCGACGAUGGACAGCCUCUGAUUGACCAGGGGGGGGAUACCGUUAUACCUGAUUAUGAAACAAUAUUUGUUAAAGGUGAUGUUGAUAUUGACAAAAUUCUGACUCAACGGCAGAGUGUUCCAAGAACUGUUAUGGGAACUGCUAUGCUUACUCGGGAUCGAUCACCGCCUACGGUUGCCGGUGAUGUAGACGGUUCCAAUUCAGGGUCAGACGAACCUGUUUUACCGGCCACCCUGGACGAUUUCUCCGCCCCACCCGGUUCUCCUCAUAUCCAUGAACCGCCUAAACCGCCGGUUAAUCCGAAAGAAACGGCUCCGCAGCGGUUUAAAAAAGGAAAUCUCCGCCUAAUGCAGACAGAUGACGGCGGGUGGAAGUUGGAAGAGCUGGAAGAGAAAAGACGUAGUCUGGAGGCGAAUAGUCAGAAAAAUACAAGUUAUGAGACGGAAGAUCGGCGGACAAGUCCUGGACAAAAACCGCCCGCGGCGGAUAAACGGCGGAAGAAAGGUUCUAAAUCAACCGAGGAGAAUGGACACAAGGAUUCACAGUUGCUCAGAAGGCCCUCGAUGAAAAAGAUCAAGGCAUUCUUUGACAAGUCCAGACCUGAGUGUAAGGAGGAGGGUGGGAGGGAGGAGGAGAGAGAGGAGGGGAAGGAGGAGAAGGAGAACAUGAGAGCUGAUCACGAGAACCAUGAUAUUCAUAUAUCCAGCGCUAUGGCAAAACUGCCCAAGAUGGAAAACGGGCAGGUCAACCUUGACGAUCUUCCUCAGACGGGAUCUAAGAGUGUUCCGAAUUCGCUUGACCGUAAGAGCUCCGGUCUGCAAAAAUAUUGGCCUCUGCAGAACAAACAAAAUCAGCCUAAAACAGAGUUUGAGAAACCUGAACUCCCGUUAAAGCGAAGUAAAAGCAUGAAGACGACAAUAAAACCCGUCUCAGUUAUACCAAUCAUACGGUCAGACGAAACCAGUUUCUCGGAAUACAGGUUUGAACCCAGUAGCCCGGGGUAUGACACGUAUCCUAAGUCUAAACGGAACAAUGAUGAAAUGUUUGAAGAAUGUUUAUGUCAGGUUUGAACCCA